AUGGCCGACUGCUGUGUUAAAGGUUUUCGAUGGGAUGCAACGCCCAAAGGCAGAAAUGACAAGGUUGCUGGAAUUGACUGCUAUGUCACAGGAUCCAAUGAGGGAGUAGCAAUCAUGAUGAUUCAUGACCUCUUUGGAUGGACAUUCUCGAAUACACGCAUCUUGGCGGACUACUAUGCUGAGGAGGUCGGAGCUACCGUUCUGGUACCUGACUUCUUCGGCGGUGAGAUUCUUCCCGCUGAGACCAUACUGGACGAUAGUCGAUGGGCAGAGCUCGAUCUUCCAGCGUUCUUGGCACGAAACAGCAAGUCUGUGAGAGGACCUGAGAUCAUCAAGACCGCAGAGGCGCUUAGAGCUUCGUAUCGUCGCUUCGGAGUCAUGGGCUUCUGCUUCGGAGGAUGGGGAGCGUUUCAUAUUGGGGCCAAAGAUAAACAACUCGCCGACUGCAUCUCGGUGGCACACCCGACGAUGGUCGAGAAGACCGAAAUUGACGCAUUGGCUGUUCCAGUUCAAAUCAUGGCUCCUGAGAUGGACCCGAUGUUCACGGAGGAGCUGAAAGAGUACAGUAAUCAGGUCAUCCCAAAGCUAGGAAUUCCUUAUAGCUACCAGUACUUUCCUGGGCUUGAGCAUGGCUUCGCUAUUCGUGGAAACCCCAAUAAGCUUGGAGAGAGAAGGGGGAUGGAAAGAGCCAAGAAUGCAGCAGUCUACUGGUUCCGAGAAUGGCUAUUGGAGAAUGAAUAG